AUAUUGGAUGGCACCUGAAGUAAUCACCGAAGGUGCUGCAUAUGAUACAAAGGCUGAUAUAUGGUCUUUAGGUAUUACCGUAUACGAAAUCACAACCGGUAAUCCACCAUAUCAUGAUCAGAGUGCAAUGAGAGCCAUUCAACUUAUUCCUAAGAAUAGACCGGCUACGCUCGAAGGUCCUUAUUCUGCACCAUUAAAAGAGUUUGUAGCCAUUUGUCUCAAUGAAAUAUCUGAAGAUCGUCCAACAGCAGAUGAUUUGAUGAAAACUAAAUUCAUAAAGAGUUCUUCAAAGUAUCAAAAUGGAAUAUUGCGUGAUCUUAUUGCACGAUUUGAGCAAUGGAAACAGACAACCGGCUAUCGUCAGUCUUUUUCGGAUCCGUAUGGAACCCCAUCGAGUGAAAGCGACUCUUACGAUUUUGAAGAUGGUCAAAAAGAAGAAGAGGAUGCUUGGGUAUUUGAUACAGUGCAAAAUACUGUAACACAUCGCAAAUCGCGUUCUCUAGGAUCAUUACAUAAUAACGGUUCGGACCAAUUAUCUCCUGUUAUCGAGGAUGAGGAACAUAUGGGGCUAACGAUAGACAAUCAAUUAAAAUCUCAAGAAAAUGAAGAUGUAGAUCGGACCGUUUUACCCAGAGACAAUACCGUCAGAUAUGGGCGAAUCCUUACUGAUGGACUUCUAUCUCCAUCCACUCCGAUAUUUCAACGUAAAUAUUCUGAGUCUCAUCAUCCAUUACUUCAACUUUUUCAAAACGAAGAAAAAACACAAUUGGACAAUAUUUCGAAAGAAUCUUCACCAGCAGGUAGUUUUCGUAAUCCAACAAUAACUAUACCACCUAUGAAUAUUAUGUCCCUGAUGCCACGAGUGGAAGAUUCACCUUCAGUAUCGAAGGAAAAUUUUCAGAAUAUAAACACAAAAUCAAAAGAUGAUGGACUGGAAAACAAAACAUCUCUAUCCACGUCGGAUUUAUCUACUACUACUUCAGAUUCAUCAUUUACCCGAAUUGAUACAUCAACACCAAUUGAGAUUGUUGUUCCUGCUGCUAAGUCACAAAUAACAUCAGAUUCGGUCCCAAAAGUUAUUCCAUCCUCUCAACCGGAGCCUAAUGGCCUUUUAUCGCCCACUUCUAUAUCAGUUACAAAGCACAUUCCGAAAAGAGAAGAAAGUGGCUACUUCUCAAUUAAUCAUGAACAGUUAAACAACUCAUCAGAAAAUAAAAUAUCUAAUUCUUCAGUACAUGACAAUAAUAGCUCAGGAGGAUUGUUAACGCCGCCUCUAAUGGGUCAUAUGGUUUCUAAAUCAACCAGUGAUAUAUUUAAUCAGUCAUAUUCAUCGUCACCAGGAAAAAUGAACUAUAUUAAAUAUAAUCCUACACGACAUGGAAGUUACGACAAUCAAAUGGACCCAUCCGCAGGGUUUCCGCUUAAUAAGCUAAGUGGUCAAGGAAAAAUAUAUCAUCCGCAACUAGCGCGUCGUGCAAGGUCUGCAACGACGUUAAAUGCAAAUCGUCAAACGAAUGAGGAUCCAGCUAUAAUUAAGUCUAGGCAUCAGCAAAAAGAUAGUAAGGGGAGUGAUAUAGAUAUAGGCAGUAAAUUCGGCAGCAAUUUAGGAGUAGGCAUACCUAGACAGCGAGCUACUAGUAUAAGCAAUCUGCAGAGACCUUCAAAAUCAAAAUUAUCACUUGUUGAAGAUACUUCGUCUUCAUCACAUUUGUUGCCACCAUCUCCGUCUACUGCCAAAUUUCUCAAUAAUUCAACUUUACCUUCUCAAGGAUCACCUACGCGGUCAAUAUUUUCCAAUCAAUCAUCAGCAAUAUUAAAUACUGGACCUGAGCUUCGUCCAUUAAAGAUGGAUAAUUAUCGUGGUGCUAGUGAA